AUGGGCGCCGUCGCCUCCACGGUGGCGGCGCGCUUCGCCUUCUUCCCGCCCUCCCCGCCGUCGUACGGCGUCGAGCCCCCGCCCUCGCCGGCGGCCGCGGCCGCGGACGGCGCGGUGGUGGAGCUCAGCGGGGUGCCCCGGCGGGGCGGCGUGGAGGCGCGGCGGCUGCCGACCAAGCGCGGCUCGGAGGUGGUGGCCAUGUACGUGCGCCAGCCCGGGGCGCGCCUCACGCUGCUCUACUCCCACGGCAACGCCGCCGACCUGGGCCAGAUGUACGAGCUCUUCGUCGAGCUCAGCUCACACCUCAACGUCAACCUCAUGGGUUAUGAUUAUUCUGGAUAUGGGCAAUCAUCUGGGAAGCCAAGUGAGCAGAACACUUAUGCAGACAUAGAGGCCGCUUAUAGGUGUCUCAUAGAAACUUAUGGGGCCUCCGAGGAAAACAUCAUUCUGUAUGGUCAAUCAGUUGGCAGUGGCCCUACUUUAGAUUUGGCAUCUCGUUUGCCUCAUUUGAGAGCAGUGGUUCUACAUAGUCCAAUUUCGUCUGGCUUGAGAGUAAUGUAUCCUGUGAAACAUACAUACUGGUUUGACAUAUAUAAGAACAUUGACAAAGUUACAUUGGUCAAAUGCCCCGUGUUAGUAAUCCAUGGUACGGCUGAUGAUGUCGUUGACUGUUCUCAUGGGAGAGCACUGUGGGAACUGUCCAAAGUGAAGUAUGAGCCUUUGUGGGUCAAAGGUGGGAACCAUUGUAAUUUGGAACUCUAUCCCGAAUACAUUAAGCACCUAAAGAAGUUCGUCACAGCCAUAGAGAAGUCCCCACCACUGAAAGAUGAAUCUCCAGAAAGUUCAGGCCCUUCAGAUCUUGAAACAGGAUCUGAAAGUAUGGAGAGUUCAAGAAAAAGCACGGAUGUGAGGGACAAAUCAAGGUCAAGCACUGAUCACAGGCGGAGUACAGACCGACGGGAGAAACCAAGGAGCAGCAGAGAUAGGAAGGAUAAAGGCAGAAAGAGUGUAGAUCAUCCUGACAAACCACGGGCUAGUGUGGAUCAAUCUGAUAAGCCACGGAAAAGCAUUGACCGCUUUGGAGGGAUGAUGAGGUCGGUUAAAUUGUGCAAUAUUGACUGCUUCAAAGUAACUUCCACUUCCGGGAGCUGA